AAUGAAUCAGAUGACAAACUUUCGAUCCGUGACCAAACUCUCUAAGCGGUAUGGCAAUGAGACCAGGUUGAGACGCAAACCCGACCAACCACAGACCACUCUCACGCAAAUCGCAUAGCAGACAUUCCCCAGUCAUUCAUCGCAUGCGGAGCGAUACAAUAACACCUGUAGAUUGAUGACCUCCCUACAUUUUUUCAAUUUUUCUGACACAACACAAGUUAAACGAUUCCAAGGGAGUCACUUCAAGCCCAUAGGGGAAGCACAUGGUCUCCUUCGCUGCAUUUGGAGGAAGUUAUUGUCAGCCAUUUCAACUUUCAAUAAGAUGAAUUAGUUCCGGCGGAAUUAGACUGUUUUUGUGUGAAACGGCUGACGUGCGUAGCAGCAAGUUGUUAUACAUGUGUACCAAAUUGCUAGCUGGCUAUACACAUGUACGCUUCUGCACUGUAAGCCGGCAAGUGGUGGCAGAGUACAGCCUUCAUUCUUACAGGAUAACAUGACCAAACUAGGAUGGUGAAUCUUGGAUUUUUAACAAUACAGACGAUUGCUCCUCUGUAUCAACCAUGUAUCACAGGCCAUCUCGUUGGAGAGAUGCAUAUCGUUUGACACUAGUGCAUGUGCAAUGCAUUUCCAAACGAACUUCAAGACAUUGAGUGUAAUUUGAGGAAAACCCAACACCCGUCAAUUCAGCUGUGUACCUCGCUGUGAGGAAAAACCGUCAACAUGCCGUUCGGCUUGCGGCUGAAGAAAACACGGCGGUACAAUGUGACCGGCAAAAACUCAUUUGUUGUCCGAAUUCAGCUCUUGGAUAACACUCUGUUGGAAUUAACACUGACAUCAGAGAGUCUGGGACAAGACUGUCUGGAUACCAUUGCACAGCGUCUGCAACUUGAGGAGACCAUGUACUUUGGUCUCCAGUACAUCAACAAGGGCUACAAGCUGCGUUGGGUGGACCUGGAGAAGCCGCUCAAGAAGCAGCUGGAAAAGAACGCCCAGGACCCCGUCCUCCGGUUUUGCGUCAUGCUCUUCGCUUCUAAUGUCCAUCAACUCAGGCAGGAGAUCACAAGAUACCUGUAUUUCUUGCAACUCAAAACCGACAUUAUUGAAGGAAUACUGCCGUGCAGCCCAGAACAAGCUGUGUUGCUUGCCAGCUAUGCAGUACAAGCUGAGUUUGGGGACUAUGACCAGCAACGACACACAGUGGAAUACCUCCAAGAUUUUGUGCUACUCCCAAAGAAUCUGACCUCUGACCCCGAGAUCCUGUCCGAUCUAAUCCAGGAGGUCAUCAACGCCUACACCAAUCAUGCCGGGAUGUCACCAGACAUGGCAGAGUUGGCUUACAUCACCGAGACCUCGCAGCUUGAAGGUUACGGCCAGGAGACCUAUCCGGCAAAGGAUGAGUCAGGUCAAGAGUUGCUUCUGGGUGCCUCCUCCCUCGGCAUCUUUGUCAAACAUCUCAACGGGCAGCCUACAGUUACAUUCAAGUGGAGUGACAUAGUCAACAUGGGUCACAAUAGGCGUCUGUUUGGCAUCGAGACGGCGCACAACGAGGAGACAGUGCAGUUCCAAGUGGAGGACGCCGAGACGGCCAAGUAUGUCUGGAGGAUGUGCAAGACGCAGCAGCAGUUCUACAAGAUGUGUCUGGCUAACACCAAGCCCGCUGCCCUAGAAGUAUCCUUGGACGGCAUCUCGGGUUUUGACAAGAGGAAGUUGAUCAGCAACAGCUCGUACCGCGGCGGCUCCAUCGAGAGAAGGCCGACCCUCCGAAAGCGCAAUGAGCAGACGGAGCAGAGCAACGUCAACAUUAAGGAUCUUUCGUCAGAUGAAUCCAUUCAUCAGACAAUGGCACCUGAUGGUCCAACUUUCACCCAGUCUCAACUCAGUCUUGACCACCAGUGGGCUCAAGACAACCAUGGUCAGUUCACCAUGUCCCAGCUCAGCCUGGAAAGGCCGUCCACAGCUGACCACCAUGCCUAUGCCAACGGCAACCUCCGAGUGGCCAAUCACAAUGGCAGCGUCUACAGCGUCAACUCGGCCAACCAGGUUCUCCCCAUGCAGGUCUCCCCGACGUCUUCCAACCUCAGCCUGCCCGGGAAUGAGCUUCUAAAGGCCAAGCUGCAGGCUGCCCUGCCGGCCUACCGGCCCAGCCCGGACUACAACCCCAACGUGCAUGGCCAGCACAUCAUCAUGCUGAACCAUGACCAAAGCUCCAGCAUGGGGAAUCUAGGCAGCGGGAGUGGAGCCUACGGUCACGUGGACAGUCGGCUGUUCCAGCAGCCUGAGCUACGGCAGCGUAGCCACACCCACAACAGCAACCAGUACAGACACCAGUAUCGGCUCAGCUAUGGCGGCCUCCCCAGCCAUCACCCGGGACAAUUUUGGGAGUCGGCGCCCCUCCACCACAUGAUGUACGGCCCAGGGAACCACUCGGCCAUCAUCCAUACCUACAGUGUGCCGGAACUCACCUCCCACCUCCAAACCACGGAGGAGUACAUAGCGGCCAAGCUGCUCAAAAACAAGUUCAGACCUCCGCCUCCAUACCCGCGGGGGAGCACAAGCACGCCAGACCUGGCCCGGCAGAACUGGCAGAACUAUCAGGUCAGCAGCAGCAGCCCUGACCUAGUCAGUAGGCGACUGCAGCACGUGACCAUCCAUCCCCUCCAUGAGGUCCACCAGGGUCUGAGCUCCAUGGAGUCGGACAUGAGCACCUCCAGCGGCAAUGUCGCGCAGUCCCUGCCCAUGGAAGCCUUCCAGAAUCUCCACCUCAGUAACGACGUGAGCAGGCCGCAGGACUUUGGUGCACAGAACAUGAACAUGUUUGUGGGCCAGCAGGCGUUCCCUUCCUCCCCUCCACACAGUGCUACUGGCAACCUGGUCAUGCACAAUUCUGGAAGCACAAGCCCCACCGAGGUCCCCAUCUUACAGGCCCCUGCUGGUUACGAGGACCCAGGUACUGUCUUUCUACCUGACGGAACAUUCCCUGUGGACUCUCAAGUGCAGAGCCCCAAAUACUCUAAGGAUUACCACAUCCCUUUGGUGCGUCCCCCUAGUGAGUUUGCCGACACCAGUGACAUUGAUUCCAAUUUAUCACCAAAUAGUGUCGGUAGCCCACCUCGUCAGUUCAAACUGCCCGGGCACAACCCGGAAAUGUACAUCAGUACUCAAACCACGGUGCCUGAAAAUUCAGUCUUAACCUAUGCAUCGGACUUUGCCCAAGUCGAACACCGGCGACCGACCACCCUGAGCUCCCAAACUGUACCACCGAACAGGGACAGUGGGUUGCAGCAGAGCCCCGAACCACUUAGUCCCGAAAUGCAGGAGCUUAACCCUGGCCAGUUUGCCAUGUUGCACAUCGACAAGGCCAACUUGGUGGACCCGUCCAGGUCGCAGCUCAACCAGCGGGACUCGGGAAUCGUUGAGACAGCCUUGGUGGGACCCUUGCCCUCCCCUCCUGCCAACUUCUCCUCCAAGCCUUCCAUCAACGAGGGAGAGCGUCUCAAAGCAUCUCAGCUAACGCAGGCCGGCCCGGAGCAUGCUACGCAGGUUACCAAUGGUCACAGCACGUCUCAGGAGUCGGAGCCAGAGGAGGUGACCCAGAGUGCCGACAGCGUAGACAAAGAGAAGAAUGACUACAUGGGGCCCUUGAAGCUGGCAGCAAUGAGUGGUCUGACGUUAGUCAGGCCGGGGGGAAAAGAAGAAGACGAUGAAGAUGAUCCUAAACACCCAAGAGAUGCUCGAAGGAAGAUCCUUGAAGAACACCUCAAAAACGGUCAGGUCUUUACAGAGUAUGAACUCAUCCCCAAGAAAAGACCCAACGCCAUCUUCUACACUGCUCAACUCCCCGACAAUGAGCACAGGAACCGCUUCAAAGAUGUGCUCCCAUACGAGGACAAGAGGAUUGAGCUGGCCCCUAUGCACGACAACAGCACAGGCUACAUCAACGCCUCCAACAUCAAGAUCCCCAUUGCCAGGGACACCUGCCAGUACCUGGCUGCUCAGGGCCCCAUGGAGAGCACCGUCAAGGACUGGUGGCGCAUGGUGUGGGAGAGGAGGAUACACGUCAUCGCCAUGCUGACCAAGCUAGAGGAGGGAGGUAAAGAAAAGUGUUUCAAGUAUUGGCCAGACUGCAGCUCUUCCAAAAACACGGUGGAAUUUGGACCGUUCCGUAUCAUUGGUCAGUUCAGCAACGACUCUGGCUGUUACAUAACCAGUGGCUUGACAGUACGUCAUGUUCCCUCGGGAGAGCAGCGGACCGUCUGGCACCUCCAGUACACCGACUGGCCCAACCAAGGCUGCCCCGAUGACGUCCAUGGCUAUCUGGCCUUUGUGGAGGAGUUCCAGUCAGUUUGCCGUCACGCCAACAGCAUCAGCGACAAGCCAUCUCCCCCGCUGGUCCACUGCAGUGCAGGUGUUGGAAGGAGUGGAGUCCUGAUCCUGACUGACCUCAUGUUGAACAGCCUAGAGCACAACGAGGAGAUCAAUGUUCCCAGGAUGCUGGAGCGUUUGAGGAACCAACGCAUGUUGAUGGUGCAGACAGUUGGCCAGUACAUCUUUGUCUAUCGGGCACUCGUCCAGUCCCUGAGGAACACAAGACUCAUAUAGGACCUAGUUAAGGUGUAUAGGACCCUGUCUGAACUUUAUGUUUUUUUGACGAGACCCCUCUGACACAUCUUUGGGGUUUUCAGUUUCAUUCUGUCAUCAGCUGUGCCUUCAGGAUGUUGCUGCAUUGAGGACGAUGAUUGCAUUGUUGCCACGGAGAAUAAAACCUAGGACCAGACCUUGAGUGGCUAAAUCCAAGGAGCACCUGAGGCACUUGUGUAGGACUAUCCUGAGCUUUCACCUGCAUCAGUCAGCUGUUGAAAGACUCCUUCAGAGAGCCAUGCAGCGGGUACACAGUGGGCACCUUCACAGGUGUCAGAAGGUGCACCCUGCAAAGGUGCAACUUCACCUGCUGUGCACACCUAAAGACUUGCACACACACACACACUCCCACCCACAUCUACACUUUGAGGUGGCAGUUUUCUACAAUGCAGGGAUCUCACUACCUCUGCUAAUUUUUCGGGAAAGUCUCAAAAAUUAGACAUGCGGUCUCACACACACCUUCGUUAAACCAGGAAACACAUCGUAAUCCUGCUGGAAAUCCUGUAGGCGUGCCAGAUUGUACACUCUGAAAUGGCUUCUUUCAUCUGAAGUUUCAGUUGGGAGCACCAAAGGAACCUGGGCUGAAUUCUACAGAGCUGUCGACUGGAGAAAGAUUGCUUAACGCAUUCCUGCACCAGGCAGAAAUCAACAUGGAACCAGUCUCGAGCUGUAGACAUGGCAUGGCAUUUUGGCCGGUAGCCUAUCAACUGCCAAACCAAUGUUUCCAGUGUUAGCAAUGCCCCAUUCUCAUGAGUUCCACCAGAUGUGUCCCUGGUGCAUCCCAAUCCGAGAUUGAUCGCAUGUUGAUGUGUGCAGCAACUGUAUGCCUUGAUGUUACACCGUGGUUUCCCUACUAUCCAAGAUUCCGGCAGAUACAAACAGCAUCCUAUGGAAUCAAAUGGUUUCCCUGCUGGAACAGAGGCCAUCUCUUUCUUCAGAUCAGAGAGAUCCAAACUGCCCAGUGUUGGAUUCUGUAGGAUUCAAGCAUGUUUUGUGGGAACUUUACAAUGUGAUCUGAGCACAUUCUGAUCACAUGAUCUUGUUGCAAUGCCAAAGAUCUCCCAUCUGUGGGAGGGUGUUUUUCUGUUAUCUGUCCCACAAGUCUGCAAUAGUUGGCUGUUAGGAGUUCAAAUAUAUGCACAACUUUGUGAUGCACUUGGAAACAUUCCAUUGAUUGUUUCAUACAUUGUUAAAUGUUUGUAUUCAUAAUAGAAGCCUUAUUACCCAUUUUUUUUCCACCAAAGUGAUAAGCAACAACUGUUGUUUGAUGCAUUAAGUGUGACACAUUUCUGUAAAAACAACUUUAGUCUUCCUCAAAAGCCCUUACACUGUCAAAUAUCAUUUUGAAGUAGACUGCAAAGAUUACUAUUUAUUCUUGCAUCGUUGCUUAAAAGUGUACUUGUACAAUCCUACUAUAUUUUUAAAUUGGACUGAAGGAGCACAUUUAUAAAAAAAUUUUUUAAAUGAGAACCAAACAUUUGAAAUGCACCAGUCCUUUACCCUGAGGCAGUUUAAGUUUAGAGGAUAUCUGUCGACAACAGCAUUUCCUUCUCUGAAAUACAGUGCGACAGCUGUACUGUGUACGGUAUCUAACAGAAAUAUUCGUCUCCACUGCAUCUUGGCUGCGUUUUUCAGUCACUUGCAUCAUCAUCCGCUCUCUUCUGAAUCUGGUGCACGCCAUUUCCCUCAAAAAAGGUUAAUUGAUGUUAGACUUUUCAUGUUACGCUAGGAGUUGUUUUCCACCGUGGUAUGUUGACAUUUACAGUAAACAAAAUGUUGAUCACUCUGCAUGAUAGUGCAUGGCUAGUUUAUGAACAUUUAUGUUACAUUAGUGUAGACUUUGUUUCAGUGUGAAUGUUACAAGGAGUAUUUAUUUGUAAAGUUUCAAUCUUUAUUAUGUGGACAAGUGAAAAAUGGACCAAGUUUGAAGGAGCAGUUGUUUGGAAGUAUUUGGACAGAGAGAAGAACGUCAGAAGACCAUAAGUCACUUGAUAGCAUUCCUGAAUGCAUGUUCAAUGCGCAAUCACAGGAGAUGGCAACAAAUUCAACCCCAGACCAUAAAGAGAAGGCUGAAUAGGGGGCAUUUGAAACGUCUCUGGAAAACAACAGAUGUUGAAUGAAUAAGCCAGCUGGAUGCCACCCGUGAAUAAGCAUGAAAGUCCCAAAGCUGGAAAAGCACACCACCUAAAAAUUCUGUGUUUGUGUUGAAUGUUGGUAAACACUGACCUUUUAAUAACAGGGUAGAUUAUUUGCAGGAAUUAGGCUUGAUGUAAAAAGUGGAUUCUUUGGGUGCAACUUGAAUGGUUAAAAGGAUGAGUUUGGCUCGACGCUGUAGAGAGGCUUUUUUUUGGGGUAAAGUAUAUGCAUUCCUGUUUUGUAUGUCAGUGUAAUAUACCACAUGUGUCUUGAUUCAUUGGGCUGUAAGCUAUAUGUAUGCAGUGGACAGAAGUAAUUGGAUAUUUGUAUGGAUGGUUAGCAAGUUGUUUUUACUGUAAGCUGAAGUAGCAGAUUUGCCUUAAUCUUUGCUCUUCAGAUGUCAGGCCAUUGGAUAACAUGUCGAUGAUGUUGUGCUUUUGGAGGGUGUACAGGGGCAAAGGUCAAGGGCUGGAUUUAGAGGGAGGUUUGAUUCGGCCCAGUGGCCGAGUUGAAUAGUCCUGUGGCUCUGGUAAGCCUCCAGGCAAGUUCUCACGAUCCUAGCCUGUUGUUGAUGAAUCUUGAGUCGCCAAAGCUGACCCUGAAGGCUCCGGCUCCGAAUCUUUUCUUGAAGACUAAAAGUCAGAAGGCAGUAUUGCGGAGUUCCCCAAUGAGAGUAUUUUUCUAAACCCUGAAAAUUGUUGAUUGAGAGAUGGGGGGGAGCAGUUUGGCAUUUGGGUUGUAACUUAAUUCCACAGAUCAGCCAAGGAAAAAUAUUUGUAUUACUCAGCCAAAUUUCCUACUAAUCAAGAAUAAGCUGGGGACCAGUCUCAGGCAAUAUGCAUAAUCUAUUUUGUUUGGUAACCUGCUUUGGCUAAGCAAAUUUUGUCUAGGCUGUAGCAGAUUUCUGUCCUUAGCUCCAUGACAUUGGACUCCAUACAUCUUUGGAUGGCUGGAAGUGGAGUAUCUAUCUUCCAUUUUUAGCCCAGGCAUCAGCCUUCAGAGAGGGAGAGUAUUAAAGAUCUGUUUUACAUUCCGAAUUGGGGUCAGCAUCUUAAAUCCCUGAUCCAAGUUGGGUGCGUUAUGGCUGCAUCGGAAUCUGUUGUCUAGGGCUAGGUCUUGUGCAGGGAGAUGCUAACAGUUAGAUAUAGCCGUUUCCCCAGAAGCAUGUUUCAGACGUGGCAACGUCAUGGAUUACUUUCAGUCUUUACAACCUCCCAGCAGAAUGUGUCCGACAUUUUACUGGUUGAAGUCUGUGAAGUUAAAUUUAAUUGUGCUGCAUCCUUUGCAUUGUAUUUGCGGCUCAUGUUACGGUGUAAUUUAUUUUGACCAACUUCAGAGAAAGUUUGAGCAAAGGGCUUGAGAUACUGUUUUUAGUGCAGAGGUCGAGUUUAGAAAGAAAGGUCACAAGUAUAUAUGCCUUUCUAAAUUAAGUUUUCAACUGAGGUAUUACUCGUUCAUAAAUUGAAUGUUUUCUUGUAAUGGUGCUGGCACAGAUACUGGCGGGAAGUGUUCUAUGAGAAGGAGAAACUCUGGAUGUAAAUUUCUCACAAAAAGACAGGAUAACUUUUUACAGUUCAGGUAUGAUCUGCUCAAAUAUUUACAAUAUCAGGCACAUUCAUAUAGGUGAAAAAUUGAGCAGGUGAAGACACCCGUUUCCAAAUCCCAUAGUUCUAGAAACUUUGGGUCAAAAAUGAGAUCUAAAUGCUUUUUAGCUGAUUAGUUGAUUAAAAGAGCUUGGAUUUACAAAAGUGUAAUUAUUCGUUCACUUAACCAAGCCACUUUUGUGUUUGAAUCUCAGUUUUUCCACAAACAUCAGAUGUUACUGUCAAGUUGAAUUAUUGUCGAGUUGAAUUUUAGGGGAGGGAUGGUUGGAAGUCGAAGUAGGAAAUUAAAUUCACAGUAUUUGGUUGAUACCCUCCUCCCUCGUCACCAUUGUCAUUUAUGUUAAGAAUUGUACUCGCGCUUGUCAGUUUUAACCUAAUGUGAUUAGGUUUUUGUGUACUAAAUUGAGACACUGGGCUUUAAAAAAAAUGUGUACAGCUGUAUGUGUGCCAUCUAGUAUAUAUCACAUGUAUAAUAAAAUGCUAACACUAACCAUUGUUAUAAAUGAUAUACUUUCAAUAUUUUGUACUGGGCUGUAAUUGUAACAUUGUCAUUAUUUUACUGCAUUUCUUGUAUUAUUAUAAUGCUCACAGAUAAAGUAUAUUCCACAUUCAUGGUAACCUUG